AUGGAGAUGAUUGGAAAGAAAGUUGUUAACUUAAUGGUUGUAAUUAGCACAGUAAUAGUGGUGGUUAGUGGGCUAAUGCAAGAGGCCCAUGGGGAGUUGGACAUAUGUAGGAUGCCCAUAAGUUCAUUUAUACCUUGCAUGCCAUCAGUGGUCCAGCCCAAUCCACCUGCUCCAGCCCCAAAAUGUUGUGAGACCAUUAAACAAAUCGAUGAGAAGUGUCUUUGUGCUUAUGUUAGGGAUCCUCUUAUGCCUUCGUAUGGUAUGGAUAAGACCCUUUUAUUGGCUCUCCCUGGAAAAUGUGGCCUUCAAAAAUGUCCUAGUUAA